UCCUCACUUGGCGCAUGCGUGGUUGCGUCAUAACGACACGGACUGUUGUGUUUUCAGUAGCAACCGUCUCUCGGUUCAUAAAGUCGAUUUAAAAGAUGUUCAGAGGACUGGAUGAGACGGCAGCAGAUAUCCCGGUCAGAGACCUCCCGUCCCGGCUGGCAUCAGAUCUGUCAGCCAAUCAGAAUGCUCGGGUGCGGCAGGACGUCUCGCGGGUGUCUAGGGAGGAGCUGGAGGACCGGUUCCUCCGAGUCCACGAGGAGACGCUGGUCCUCAAACGACAUGUUCACAAGCAGGAGGACAAGAUCAAGAAGCUGGGUACUAAGCUGAUGAGGCUGGUGAAGGACCGUGGUCGUAUGGAGCAGCUGGCCCUGGGUGGAGGAGGCCAGGCGGUCUGCAAGCAGCGGGACGUGGAGAUGGAGGAGCUGAUGGAGGAGCUGCAGGAGAAAGUACGGAGCCUGCAAGCCGAGAACGAGGGAAUGAAGCGGCGCCUCCUGGUGGCCAAGCAGCAGCUCAUCAACUCCCACAGUAGGAGGGCAGCGCCAUACGGCCGCAUUCCAUCAAGGGUCAACUCGGGUUUAAAGAAGCUGCGAGACGACUCCUCCCCUCUUCCUCAGGCGCCCCCCAAGUGUUCAGAGGGAGGAGGAAAACCCCCUACGGGCCUGUUGCCUCGAUUCGGACACAGCCUGCUGGAGGAGGCCAGAGCCGAGGUCCGCAACCUAGAGAGCGUGCUGGAGCUCCAGAGGAGCCACAUGGAGGAGGUGCAGGCAGCGGCGGAGCAGCUGAGGGAGGAGCUGAGGAGGAAGGAGGCCCAGCACCAGGAGAGACUCCUGCAGGCCCGAGAGCAGCAGACCUCUAGACUGAGGUCGCACGUCACCGGCAAUGUGGAGAUGAUCCGCCUGCAGAAGCAGAUGUUCCUCAGGACGGAGAGGACGGCGGAGCUGGAGGGACGCUUCCUGGGGCUGCAAGAGAGCCAGAGGGCGCUGAAGGUCGCUCACGAGGCUGCAAUGCUGAAGGUGGACCAGCUGUCGGCUCAGCUGAAGGACGAGAGGAUGAGGAGUCUGGACCUGGAGGAGCGUCUGCAGAGCGGCUCCAUCUCCAGGCUGAAGGUGGAGCAGCUGCAGGAGAGGAUCAGCGAGUUGGAGCAGGAGAGAGACCUGCUGAAGGACAACAAUGACAAACUGGUCCACAGAGCCUCCGACGGGUGCCGGCAGCAGAGGACUCAGAUUCAGGAGCAGCAGCUGAAGCUGCAGAUCGCUCAGCUGGAGGCGGCGCUGAAGGCUGACCUCGUGGACAAGAAUGAGAUCCUGGAUAAGAUCAAAGCGGAGAGAGACACGAACGAGAAGCUGACGGAAGAAAAUAGGGAACUUCAUCUUCAGACUGUGGAGCAGAAGCAGCAGAUGGAGGAACUACAGGACCGCCUGAAGUUCUGCAGCAGAGAGGAGCUCCACAAGGCUGAACUCACCGAGGCUCUGCUGCUCAUGAAGAAGCGUCAGUCCCAGAAGAGUGGAGAUCUGUGCUUCUUGCAGGAGGUGGAGGCGGGAGGAGUAGUAGUCGGCUCAGAGCUACGAGCUGCUCACGCUGAGACCAUCCAGGAGCUGCAGAAGACCAGGAACCUGCUUAGCAUGGAGGCCAGGAUCAGCAAGGACUACCAGGAGGCGGAGCUUCAGGCGGUGCUGAAGAAGAUGGAAGCCAACAAAGUGACGUGGGAGCAGCAGCUGGAACGACAGGCAGCUCUGCUCGACUCCAGAGCCGCCAAGAUCCAGAGACUGGAAGCUCAGCUCCGAGACGUGGCCUACGGCACCAAACCCUCUUCGUUCCAACCAGUUGUGAGUGAUGAAGACGAGUGUGAAGAGGAAAGUCUUCGUCUGGGCGGAGGAGAGAACCUUCUGGAGCUGCAGGUGGUCGGUGCCACGCUGUCCCCGUCCGCCCUGCAGGCUCUUGGAGACGAGCCCUCCACCUUCUGCACCUACGCCUUCUACCUGUUCGAGCCGCACGCCACCCCGGUGGCGACUGGCCGCACGCCGACCUACGGUUUCACGUCCAAGUACGUGGUGAUGGUGGACGAGCGGCUGCUGGACUUCCUGCGUGGAGGCAGCGUGACCGUGGAGCUGCACCAGGCCCUGGGUCUGGACUGGAGGACGCUGGCCAGCGGGCGACUCGGGCUGCAACAGCUGCUGCAACAAGACGGGAGAGUCUACGGCACCGUGCCGCUGGUCGGCGUGUCUGAGGAGACUCGGUCCUUCGGCUCUGUGGAUUACUGGUUGAGGCUGAAGCUCCCGGUGACGGAGACGGUCCGUCUGUACAAAGAGAAGCUGAACCACCCUCAACAGCCUCCCGCCAGCUGGAACGAGCUCUCCAUCACAGUCCACCUCUGCAGAGACCUGAAGAAGUCCGGCGGAUCCGGGCUGCCGAGCCCUUACGUGGUCUACAAGUUCUACGACUUCCCCGACUACCCGACCGCCACCGUCCACGACUGCUGCAACCCCCCCCUGGACGACCUCAAGUCCUACUCCGUCCCCGUGGACGUAGACUUGGACCGCUACCUGAGGACCGAGGCCCUGCAGCUCUACGUGUUCGACGACAAGGAGGAGCAGAUGGACGCGUACGUGGGGAAGAGCCGAGUGCCUCUGCUGCCUCUGACCCGGGACCAGGGCAUCACAGGAGCGUUCCAGCUGACCGACCCCUCGGGACUCGCCGCCGGCCUCAUUGAAGUGACGCUGAAGUGGAGGUCCACCUAUGUCCCUCCGUCAGCCGCCAUCGUGGCCUCCGAGGAGGAGGAAGAGGACGAUGAGGCGCUGCAGGAGGAAGACAAACACCCCGUCUCAAUCCCCGAGGCCUGCAGGUCAAAGGCCAAGCUGCCGAAACUCCGACCGAGGACUCGACCGGAAGACAGGUCGGCUGCCAAAAAGGUCUCGUUCAUGGACCCGUCAGCGCCGGAGGACCAGGAGGACCAGGAGGACCAGGAGGACCAGGUGGAGGACAAUGUGUCUGCAGACCAGAGAGGGACUUUAGCUCCUGUUAUAAAGGUGAGCGCUGCAGAGGAAGACAAGGAGGAAGAGGACGAGUCUCACUUCUCUGAAGGUCAGCUGGUCCCGCUCGGCUGUCGGUCUCAUUCUGACGACUCUGACGUCUCUGAGGACAUCGUGGAAGAUGUGGAGGAUCCGAGUGAGGCCUCUCAGUCCGACAGCGAUGACUGCAUCAUUCACGGGCGCCCAGCAGGGAGGAAGCCCUCACAGCGAGUCCGGGUGGAGGUCGUGUCUCUGAGCUUGAGGCCGGAGUCUCGGGUGUCCCGGGACGGCAGUGUGGUGCGUCUGUUUGUUGAGUACUCGCUGCUGGAUCUGCCCACGGAGGAGACCCCCUUGGCUCUCCCCAAACCCCCCCAGGGCCAGAGCAUCAACUACAACUACAGCAAAGUUGUUCCUGUGGACUCAGAGAACAACGGGCCGAGGAGGCAGCUGCUGAGACGAGUCCUGCAGGGACGGAACCCUCCCAUGGAGAGAAUCCGGUUCACGGUGGUGAGCGAGCCUCCAGAAGCCGAGGAGCAGGAGAGGGAGUGUGAGGACGUGGGCGUGGCCUUCAUCCGGAUCCCCGAGAUCCUGGAGAGACACCAAGACCUGACUGAGACCAGCCUGGAGGUGGUGGAUGUGGAGGACAGCAGUCAGGUGGUCGGCAGUCUGGUUGUGACUGUGGAGGGACUGGAGGCUAUGCAGGCCAUCAUGGAGGACCGGGACCAGGACCACAUUCAGGACCAGGAGAGAACCCUGGUCUCCUCUCUGCUUCCAUCAGCAUGAGGCAACCACACUGACACAAAACACGGCAGAAGAGAAAACGCUACAAGUACAAGUACACCAAGAUAGUACAACAAGUGUCACCUGAAGUACUUCAUACCUUCAGGAGCACCCUACACGCUGUGUCGAAGUCGGUUUCAUAUUCAUCACGUCAUGUCGGUAUCAAGCCUUCAGGCAUCAGGAACCAUACAACACGUUCCACACUGAAUCACCUCCAUUAUUGGAUGGAUUGUCCAAUCAUUCGUGAACCUCAACCGGAGUUCAUCUGCCAGCCUUUUAAACCUCCUUUAAUUCACCAAACGGAUCUUAAAGAAGCCAAAUGUAACGUGGCAGGUGUAUAUUUAUAUAUUUAGAUAAAUAUCUCUAUAUAUACAU